UUUCUCAAUUCUCAUGCUUUCCCAUUUUUUUUUUCAAAGGACAAAACAAAAAAGUCACUAAAGUCUCGUGAAUUGAUGAAAAUAUGGUCAAAAGGACAUUUCAGGAAAUAAAGUGAUAUAAAAAAGCCUAUAUCGAUAUUUAUGAUAAUUUACUUGUAUCUCAAAUUUUUUAAUUUAAUUUUUUAUUUUAUUUAUUAUUUUUCAUUAAUUAAGACUUAAUUAUUUUUUUAAAAAAAUUAAAAUGUAAACAUUAUUUAAUAGAAAUAUUAUGAUAAAGUAGUUAUGAUAUUAAUUAUUUUUUUAAUCAAUAUGCAAUAUUAAAUUGACACGAGUAAAAAAUAUAAUUUUAUAAAUUCAUUCGUUAAAAAACUUUUUGAAAGUUAUUAAGUGUGAAUGCUUAUAAAAAUGUAAUUAAUAUUUUUUAAUUUAAUAAAAUAAUUAUAGCAAACUUAUUUAUAUUUGUGAGUGAAGAGUAAUAAAUAAAUAUUUGGAGCCAAAGUUGCUUCUUUUGAAACCCCUUUCACUGGCGCCGUCUCUUCAUUUUUUGGUCACUCUUUCUUAUUGCAGCUUCAUUCUGAUAAUUUUCUGCUUCCGAAGGGUAUCGAUAAUAAUCUCAAAAUGAUCAACUCUGAGCCCAUUCAUAGUGGUGUGACCACUGGUGGAACUGGUAUGCCAGCGUUUGAUAAGCAGCAUCCUGGUGUAACAAGAAAGACAGCUUUGAGAGAUGUGCAGAAUCAAAAAAGCAUCUUGAUGAGUAACCAUCAAGAAAAUUCACAUUUUUUAGGGGCAAGCCCCAUUGCAGAUCCAACUAGGGUGUGUGGAACUAAGAGGCUUACACCCGAGCGCCCUUUAAAUACCAGUUCUAGCAUAUCUUUGAGCAGCAAUGGUACAAAUGACAAUAUACUAAAUGCACGACGAAGAUUUGAUCUAGAACUAGGCAGAGGUAGAAUUCAGAACAAUAUGGACAAAUUUGUGGAGGCUACUCACUCAAAGAACCUGGUUCAGUUGCAGAGGAUAAUUCCUCAAAAACAAAGUCAGCAGAGGGAAGGUAGUAGUGGUCAUCCUCCUGUAGCAAUGCCAAACCAUUCGACACCUAUGAUGACAUUUUCUCAUGGUGGAACGUCAAUUCCUAAUUCUCUUGGCAAGGCCACCCACAACUCUCAUGCUGCUCAAAUUGAUUCUACUAAGUUUUCUCCCCAACCAAUGCGUACUUUGGAUGUCAAGGUGGAUGACGGUCAGCAAUUGACAGAACAUUUCAUUCGUCUGCAGAAGUUCUUGAAACAGUGCGAUGAAGCGAACCAAGCAGAUUACCUUCAGAUGCUUCUACGUUUGUCACCACCCGAGCUUAGCAAACAUGCUGUUGACUUGGAGAAAAGGGCUAUCCAGUUGACAAUAGAGGAAGGAAAGGAGAUGCAGCGAGUGAAGACCCUAAAUGUUUUGGGGAAAUCCUCCCCGUUUGCCAACUCAAGUCCGACUCCAGUUCCAUUAGUCCCGACCAAGAAAUGAUGAGCACGAGGCUAAUGGCAAUGGUUCAUGUUGUGCUGAUGCAAGGCCUAUUUUCAGCCCUCUACUCCACGGGGUACAAGAUCUUGACCGGAGGCUGUUGGGGCUUUGGCUUCUUUAGACAUCGAUAGUCUCUUUUUAUUGUUAUAGCGAGGCUUUUCCUUUGAUUAGCUUAGCCCUCUAGAGAUCAACAAGUUAUCAAACACUGUACUUUGGUAUUCUUUUGGGUAUAAGCAAAGCAAUUCAUACUA